AUGACUACGGAAGUCUACCUCUCACCCGCGCCCACCAAAGAGCUCUCCCCCACCACUGCCGCCGACAGAGACGCCAUGGCACCGUUUCAGAGCGCACUAGAUGCUUGUGUACACGGCUGGCAUAACGGAGACAGUGUGGUUCUGCUCCAGAGCAAUAUUCAGGAGCUUUUCGGCGAUAUGCUCAUGCAGUAUUUCAAGCACAAUCUGAUCCAGCAGGUGGGGCAGCCUGUUACCUUCACAUCUUCGCAUAGCAGCAAUGGCGGUCAAACGAUCGUACAGAUGCCAGAAAACAAGAACGCCCACCUUCACCUCCACACAAGCGCGAACCCCCAAACACAGACACCCCAACAGCCAGGCACUCAAUUGAGCACCAUGUCCGCUGACAUCAAGAAAGCGCCUCGCCCAAUGAAUUGCUGGAUCAUCUUUCGAGACGCUAUGCACAAGAAGCUGAAAAUAGAGAACCCACAUCUAACCGUGCAGCAAAUCUCCACUCGAUGCUCACAGAUGUGGCACAGUCUUUCUCCGACAGAGAAGAAGCCGUGGCAAGCAGCAGCCAAGUCAGCGAAAGAGGAGCACUUGCGCGUACACCCGGACUACAAGUACAGCCCUCGAAAGCCUGGCGAGAAGAAGAAGCGACUGUCUCGCAAGGCAAAGCAAGCUCCCGGAUUUGCUGCAGACUCUAAACUGUUCAAGUUCUCACCUGUCCCGGAGCUGGCAACAUUGGCGUAUAACGAUCCCCAAUCGGUCACUCUUGCAGAGGUACCGCCGCCUGGAGUUGGUGAGGUUCCAGUUGACUUUGGCACCGCCUUCGCUGCUGAUGUGGCGCAGCUGAUGGAACCGGCAACACUCCUGGGGAAGGAGAUAAAGGAUCUGGUUCCCGUUGAUUAUCUGCAUGAUUCAGAGAGUCUCCGCCACGAUCGGCUCGAGGCCGAGUUUGGGGCUGACCUCGACGGAACCAUACCAUUCGAUCUGUUUGGCGAGGAUGCUUUCACUUUCCGCGCCGGCGCA